CUCUCUCCUGUCUCCUCUCUCCUCCUCCGGGACCAUGCUUGUGGUGGUGACAUGUGCAGAGGAUUGAAGUAUGGCAUGCAAGCAUGGUUUCUGGCAAGAAGCAGGAGCCGGUGACAGCGAUGUGUCCCACUUCCAUCCGGAGUCUCUUCUACUUUUUCUGUUUGCUCACUUGUGCAAAGAAAAUCUCUGGACAGACACGGAAGGAUGAAAAGUUAUAUCCAGAGAAUUUUACUCGCAUUUUAGACCGACUUCUCGACGGAUAUGACAACAGGCUGCGACCCGGGUUCGGAGGUCCUGUGACUGAGGUCAAGACAGACAUUUAUGUGACGAGCUUUGGGCCAGUCUCAGAUGUUGAGAUGGAAUACACGAUGGACGUGUUCUUUCGUCAGACAUGGGUGGACCAGAGAUUGAUAUAUGAGGGGCCCAUUGAGAUUUUAAGGCUAAACAACCUAAUGGUGACUAAAGUGUGGACACCAGACACCUUCUUCAGGAAUGGCAAGAAGUCCGUGGCUCACAACAUGACAGCUCCCAACAAGCUGUUCCGCAUCAUGAAGAAUGGCACCAUUCUGUACACCAUGAGGUUGACGAUCAGUGCUGAAUGCCCCAUGAAACUUGUGGACUUCCCCAUGGAUGGACAUGCCUGCCCCCUCAAGUUUGGAAGCUAUGCUUAUCCAAAAACAGAGAUGAUCUAUACGUGGACCAAAGGGCCCCAGCAUUCAGUGGAGGUUCCUCCUGAGUCCUCAAGUCUUGUUCAGUAUGAUCUCAUUGGUCAGACGGUCUCCAGUGAGAUGAUUAAAUCCAUCACAGGUGAAUAUGUGGUGAUGACGGUUUACUUCCACUUGAAACGUAAAAUGGGAUACUUCAUGAUUCAGACGUAUAUCCCCUGCAUAAUGACAGUAAUCCUCUCCCAAGUGUCCUUCUGGAUAAAUAAAGAAUCCGUCCCGGCACGCACAGUCUUUGGCAUCACCACUGUCCUGACCAUGACAACCCUCAGCAUCAGUGCACGGCACUCCCUUCCCAAGGUGUCAUACGCCACUGCAAUGGACUGGUUCAUCGCAGUCUGCUUUGCCUUCGUCUUCUCAGCCCUCAUUGAGUUUGCUGCUGUUAACUACUUUACCAACGCACAGACGGAGCGGGCCAAAAGGAAGCCAGCCAAAUGUCCGCCUGUGCCACAAACCACGCCUGUCAAGGUCAAAGACAUGGAGGAGGUGCUGCAGCAAAAUCAAGAUUCCAAUGGGAAUCUAAGGAAGCGGCUCAAUUACGUCUCCCACCCAGAGUCCCGCAGCGGCCGCAGAGCCCAAUCUUCACACCACAUCACAGGAGUAGGAGUCACAGUGAGACAGCCACGGCCUUUUGCCAGCAGACUGUGAAACGGCAGCUCCAGCCCCUGCGCGCUACAGCCGAAAUCGGAAAGCUUACUCAGUGUGGCGUCUUCCUCUGCCCAGCUGGUGAAAAGUACUCCUCAGGUUGCAGCGUCCACACCAGACGUGACGGCAGGAACGCCAUGCAGACAGAAUGCCAGCUCCUCAUCCCUCCAGCAUCUUUUAGGGCCAAAGCUGGAACGUAUCCAGAUGAUGGACAAAUUGGAGCUAAAGCAGACACCGUGUUCGCAGCCCACUGCAGGUACAGGUGGAAACCAGCAAAAUGACAAGUACGCACGGAUCCUGUUCCCAGUGUCCUUUGGAGCAUUUAACAUGGUUUACUGGGUAGUGUACUUGUCCAAGGACACUAUGGUGGAUAAAGAUGGCUAGUCUUUUUCUCAUAGCGGAGUGGUGAUUAUAUCGUUAAAUGGGAUUCGUCUAAGGAAUAUGGCAAACUUGUUUUGGCCAACAGACAAACAAAUGUGCUUGGCAGGCAUUUCCAAAUCCUGGACAACAUGUUCAGAGCAUUAUUGUUUUUUUCCCAAGUCCUCUAGCAGCAAGCACGAGAACAAAUCAACCAAAUUAGAAAUACCUGACUCGACAUAAGAGCACCUGCACACUGGAAUACGCUGCUGUCCUCUUUACGUCUUACUACGUCGGACUGUAAAAAGUCUUCAACUGCCUCAUGAUUCUUUUUGGUGGGCAGCCAAGAUAAAUAUAGGAUUGUUUUCCUAUUCUUGUGUCUAGCAGCACCUGGCAAGAUGUUUGGAUCUGAAUACCUCUGUCCUACAAUGACUGUAUCAUACUUGUGUAAAUAUAUGCAUUUAGAAAGG